CGUGUCGGAACGCAGCUGCGGGGCGGACCCCCGGCGACAGUGCCACGCGUGACGGAACGCGGUGGCCAACUGGAGCCGACUCCAGGAAUCAUGCAUUUGUUAUUCAGAGUAAUCGUUUUCUUUUCCGUGUGGGGCAUUUUCACUGCUCAGGGACAAAAGGAAGACAGCACAGAGGAAGUGAAAAUAGAAGUUUUGCAUCGUCCAGAAAACUGUUCUAAGACAAGCAAGAAGGGAGACCUGCUAAAUGCCCAUUACGACGGAUUCUUGGCUAAAGACGGCUCGAAAUUCUACUGCAGCCGGUCGCAAAAUGAAGGCCAUCCCAAAUGGUUUGUUCUUGGUGUUGGGCAAGUCAUAAAAGGCCUAGAUAUUGCUAUGAUGGAUAUGUGCCCUGGAGAGAAGCGGAAAGUGAUCAUACCCCCUUCAUUUGCAUAUGGAAAGGAAGGCUAUGCCGAAGGCAAGAUUCCCCCUGAUGCAACAUUGAUUUUUGAGAUUGAACUUUAUGCUGUGACGAAAGGACCACGAAGCAUUGAAACAUUUAAACAGAUAGACACGGACAAUGACAGGCAACUCUCUAAAGCCGAGAUAAAUCAUUACCUGAAAAGGGAAUUUGAAAAAGAUGAGAAGCCACGUGACAAGUCGUAUCAGAAUGCGGUUUUAGAAGAUAUUUUUAAGAAGAAUGACCAUGAUGGUGAUGGCUUCAUUUCUUCCAAGGAAUACAAUGUAUAUCAACAUGACGAACUAUAGCAUAUUUCUAUUUCUAAAUUUUUUUAGCUACUUACUGUACUUUAUAUGUAAAACAGUCACAUUUCUCCAAGUUAUAUUUUCUCUUUUUCCCCCAUGAGAACAUAUUUUGAUCCCCUCAAUACAUGUAAUUUGGGAAUAAUAAAUGCGAGGCUGUUUUGCAAAUUUAACUUCCAAGAAAGGUAUGAUUGUGUUUCUGAUUGCUUUAUUCUGUUAACACAAAAUGCAGCAUCAUGAAACAGACCUCUGUGUCCCCGUGGACAGUUUUCCCCCUUCAGGAUAUAGGAAGACAUCUAUGUCAAGAUCUUCAAGCUCUUCCCAACUCUAACCUUAAAUAUGUAAACAUCCAAUUUUUAAUAUUUUCAAUGUCACAAUGCCCCAUAUUUUUAAAAUAUUCACUAGGGACCCAGGAAUUAGCAUUUCAUUUGUUUAUGCAUUUCACAGCAUUAUGGAUAGCAGGAUAUAAAAAUCAUGGGACUGAAGAGUCUUCCUUUGGUAUGCAUGCAGGAAAAUAUUAGUUGUGUAACUCUGUCCCCCAGAGAGCCUCAACACCGUCUCCGUAGUUUUUGCUGCAAGCUUCUGGCCUUGGGUAUUUGUUCCAGUGGGGAAUGUUUAAAGAUAUUUGAUCAGACCAAAGACUUUAUGCCUCAUAUAGCAGGCAUAAUAAAAUCUAUACUGCUGAGUCUUGUACUUCUUCAGACAUCAUUCUAAAUAAGCUACUCUUCUUCCUUCUCAUAGGCCUUUAUGUCUACCAACCCUAACUUUUUGUCUUGAUAGUUUUAAAUAGAUGCCAUCGUAUUUCUUAGUUUCCAUUUCCCUUUCUCUAGGUGUCUCUAUCCCAUGUCACUUAAUUUUACAAUGUUCUCGUUAUUAAUCAUGAAUGAGUAUUACAAACUGGUAUGCCGUCAAAUUUUUGAUAAAUGUGUAGAAUUUAUUUUACACAUGAGGCUAUGUGGGGAUUCAAAUGAGGAUACAAAUGAGGAUAUACAGUGCCAUGGCAAUUUUCUGUGAUGGUCAAAUCAUGACAUGGUCCAACUUCUUGAGAAUAAGAGGUAAGAGAUGCUGUAGGAUAUC